GAGGCGCAACAGAGAGUUACUGUUCUAUUUCUAGUGCGCUCUUGUUCCCUUGAUUUCUUCUCAAGCCGCAAUAUCAAGAAGAAGAAUAAGGAGGGAAGGAAAGUGAAGCAAUAAAACAACACUAUAGGAGGGCAGGAGCCAGAAGCCGUUCCUAUCCUAAGGACUCCUAUCAGCACCUUGGAUAGCGCCUCAUUUAGGGGAGAGAAACGCAGACAAAAGAAAGCGCAAUCUCACCAUGUCUGUAUCCUCCAGUGACACUGUGCGCCUGGUGUUCUUUGGCGCUGCCGGGGUCGGCAAGACUGCCCUGAUCCAGCGCUUCCUCAACGAUAGUUUCGAGGAGCGAUACCGGCGCACAGUGGAGGAGAUGCACUGCCUGAACCCCGAGCCCGGGGAGCUCCAGUUGCGCAUCCAGAUCCUGGACACCAGCGGCAGCUACUCCUUCCCGGCCAUGCGCAAACUCAGCAUCCAGCAAGGGGACGCCUUUGCCCUGGUCUUCUCUCUGUCCGAGCCGGACUCCUUCCAGGAGGUGGAGAGGCUGAGGAGCGAGAUCAUCCAGGUGAAAGGAGACGCCGAGGUGCCUAUAGUGGUGGUGGGAAAUCAGAUGGACUCGUUCCCCGGGGUAGAGGCCGGACAGAUGGUGGAUCUCAGGGCUGCUGCCACCGCAGAGUUGGAAUGGGACUGUGGUUAUGUGGAGACCUCGGCUAAAGUGGACUACAGGGUGUGGGACGUGUUCCAGGAGCUGAUCCGCAGGGUGAACUCUCCUGCCUGGCUGAGCCCAGCCCUAGAGAGGCGCAGAGCCAGUGCGCAACCAGAGUCCAACAGAAAAGCGCAGCGCAGGAAGCCCCAGAGUUGCACUUUAUCCUAAAGCAGCUUCACUGCACGAAUGGACCUCCUUUACCCACACCCGAAGCUCCACUAGGGCAUCUCCAGUCCCAUUAGUGUUAGGAUCACUUGGUGCCUACUGCUUGGGUGUCCAUUGGAAUGAUGACAAAGGUGGGACAUUUUUUGAACAAACAUAGACUAUGCCAGAAGCACUGGUGGAUGAGAGAAAUCAUCUGUGCCAACCUGUGGCCUUUACUACUCAUGAACAGUGAUAGAGUGCCAAGUCUCCCAGUCCAUCACUGGUGGAGAAGAGAAGUCACCCUUGCCAACCAGGUGACACUUAGUGACAGCAAAGUGCCAAGUAUCCCAGCCACAAAGACUCUACUGGCUGAUAAAAGAAGCCAUCACUUCCAACUUGAUAUCACUGACUAAGAGUACUAAAUGAGUGCCAAGUCUCCCAGUCACAAAGACUCUACUGGCUGAUAAAGAAGCCAUCCCUGCAAUCCUGAUAUCAAGAGUACUAAAUGGGUGCCAAGUCUGCCAGUCACAAAGGCAGGGCCCUCCCUAGGCUGUGCUUGCUCAAAAGGCAUUCUAGGGAUAAGAGAUCGGAAAUAGCUGUUCUUCUAGGAAGAAAUAAGAAUCUGUUGUUGGGCAGCAAAAUAUUUGCUUAGUGUGAAAAGAACUGAUUAUAUAAUCUGGGUGGGACGCUAUACAUAUUGUUAUACCCCAUAAUGUCUGAUAAACAAAACAGACCUUGUAUUUGCCUAAGGUUGCUCAUGAAUGUUGUUUAUGAAGCAGACUGCUUGGUACAGUUGAACAAAUGCCCCGCCAUUCCUACCCUCGGUGGAACAAAUGCUCAUGCUAAAAA